AUGUCCCUACCAGUUUCCUCGACUAACGCCGGCAAGGAGCUGAAGCUCCUGCAUUACAUCUAUCGGCAGCCAAACCUGGAUGAAAUCCGGGGGCAUCCCCAAAAAGUGAUCGAUCUGAUUCACGAGUUUGAGAAAGACUCCCUUUUUAUGAAUGUUGGUGCCGAAAAGGGCAAAGUCGUCACCAAUCUCAUUGAUGAACUCAAGCCCAAGACCAUGAUCGAGCUCGGCUGCUACGUGGGCUACUCUGCAAUCUUGUUCGGCGAGGCAGUCCGUAGAAACGGGGGUGAACGUUACUUGAGUCUUGAGUUGAACCCAGAGUUCGCCGCAAUUGCCAAUAUGCUCGUCGAACUAGCUGGAUUGCGCGACUUUGUGUGUAUCAUAUUCGGUCGAAGCGACUUGUCGCUACACAAGCUACUCACCUCGGGGGAGUUGAAGAAAGUAGAACUUCUUUUCAUCGAUCAUUACAAACCGGCGUACACCACUGACCUCAAGCUGUGUGAGCACUUCGGGGCUAUUGUGCCGGGUUCAGUGCUUGCUGCAGACAAUGUUCUUUACCCGGGCAACCCGCCAUAUCUGGAAUACGUCCGCAGCACGGUAGAACAGAAACGUGAAGCAGCCAAGAGUGGACCUUCCCAGUCAUACAACACCACCGGGAUGGCCGAACGCACGGUAGAGUCCUUUGUGGGUAAAGAUGACGUGCCCACUUUCGAUUUUGUCGGGAACCCGAACUUGGUGUAUCAAAGUCAGCUAUGCCAACCCGAGGGAUUGCAGACUUACAAUGUCGGUGUUGUCGGCUACGGCUUCAGUGCAAAGAUCUUCCACAUCCCCUUCGUGAAGGAGGUUCCCGAGCUCAAACUCUAUGCAAUUGUCCAGCGCACACCGAAGCAGGAUGAUGAUGCCGAGAAGGACCACCCUGGUGUGAAAUCUUUCCGUACUACUGAGGAGAUGGUCCAGGACCCCGCAAUUGACGUGGUGAUCAUCACUACUGCCCCCGAUUCUCACUUCGCGCAGUGCAAGCUGGCGCUGGAGGCCGGCAAGCAUGUCGUCUGCGAAAAGCCCUUCACCCCCACCACCCAGGAAGCCGAUGACCUCAUCGCCAUCGCGAAGAAGAACAACAAACAGCUUGCCGUGUUCCAGAAUCGCCGCUGGGAUGCCGACUUCGUAACCCUCUCCAAGCUCGUCAAGAACGGCUCGCUCGGCCGCAUCUCCGAGUAUGAGACCCACUUCGAUCGCCACCGUCCCGAGGAGCCGGCCUCCGACUCUCACAAGUGGAAGAACAAGGUCAUCCCUGGUGGCUCAGCGAUCUAUGACCUGGGAACCCACCUCCUAGAUCAGGCCGUGCACCUGCUCGGGCUCCCCGCGCGGGUGACCGGUUUCAUUGGCUCCGCCCGGGCGGCCAACACCUCUUCAUACGAGGACUCCUUCACCGUUCUGCUGCACUAUGCCAACGGCACUAUGGUUACCGCCAAGGCGACCGUGGUCAGCCCCGAGGACGAGCAGCUGCGCUUCUGGGUGCGCGGUGACAAGGGUAGCUUCAAGAAGUACCACCUCGAUAUCCAAGAAGAUCAGCUCAAGGCCGGCAUCAUGCCCCAGGACAAGGGCUACGGACGGGAGCCCAGCGAGCGUUACGGUGCUUUGACUACUAUCCAGAACGGCAAGCCCGUCAAGGAGGUAGUUCCCACUGUGGAGCCGCCCACUUACACCGAGUACUACCGCAAGCUUGUCCGCGCUCUUAACGGCGAGGGUGAGCUCCCUGCUAGUGGUGCAGAGGCUCGCGAGGUCAUUCGUUUGAUCGAGUUGGCUCGUGAGAGUUCCCGCACUGGACGUACCUUAGGCGUCUAA